UCAUCAAUAAUGUCAAGUCAAUAAAUAAAUUCUUUUUUGUCGAUAGGUUUUGAUGUCGUGUUAAAUUGCAAAAUACGAAAACAAGGCGAAAUUCCUAAAAGAUUUUGAAUAAAUAAUAAAAUAUACUAAGUAUUAAAACAAAAUUAUAAGCAGAUAUACACCCAUAUAACAAUUUAUAUUGGUUAAGUGAUAGACAGCUGGCUUGUGGGAUUUAGUGCAAUACUCGUAAUAACGCUAAAGUUCCAGUAUAGUUCAUAAUGUCUGACGAUGCUGAACAGCAGUCUGAGGAGAUAGAAGUACUGAAAUCAAUUUAUGAAGGUGAUGAUAACUUCAAACAAGUUGACUCAAAAACUUAUCAAUAUAAGUACUUUGAUGGAGACAAAUCAUUUGUCCUGGAGAUAUCUUGGGGGCCAACAUACCCAACAGAAAAACCAAACUUUAAUUUGGAUAUCUUCUACAACCAGUCCUUAUUACAGCCAGUUAAAGAAAAAAUAUUAAGUAUAGUUGAUGCGGAGGCGGAGCAAUGGCUCGGCUGUGCAAUGACUUACACCCUUUUCGAGUGCUUGAAGGAGAGGCUGGCGGAGAUCCUCGCUGACCAGACUGAAGAGGUGGUUGUGGCUACCAGAGUAGAGAAAAUUGUUAUUGAUGACCAGACUGAACAAAAGAAACCAGAAAAGAAGGAGCAGUUAACGAAAGCGCAGAAGAGGAGAGCGUGGGAUAAGGCAGAGAUCGGCAGGGCGGGCGAAAAGCCUCGGGGUUGGGACUGGGUCGACAUAGUCAAGCAUUUAUCUCAAGUACCUCACACUCCGGCGUCAUGACACUCAUUCCUAUGAACAUGGAAUCACGCUGCCAAGAAACUUAUAGGUAUGGCUGGAGGCUAGCGUGCACCGUAAAUUCAAUUAAUACUCACGAAGAUGUGUAAUAUGGCUGUGGCUCUUUUUCACGUGUCAAAUAAAAAAUAUUGCGACAUUAAAGGAUAAUAAAGCAUUUCUGUGGUUCUUACAGUUGCCUCCAGUCAUAAUCCUACAAGCUUCUUGCACGUGCUUAUUUGACACUUGUAUAACGGUGCUCUGUCUAAAAAUGUACAGUCAAGUCCUAUGAAAGUAUCUUUACACUUUCAUAAGUUCUUAGCAAAAUAAUGGCAUAAAAGAUUUUUGAAAAUAGGUCCAAUAUUGGUGAUUAAACUGCAUUUUAAUUAGGUAAUUAUUAUUUUUGACUGUUUGAUAAUUAAAUAAAUAAUGAAUCUCAAAUCUUUUCUACUUUUAUUUUGCAUGGAAUGUUAUGAAGUCAACAAGUUAUAGCCUAGCAUUUGCCAUUUUAAAUACAAUUCUUCUUUUCCAAAUAAUUGGUUAGACAGUUGUAUAUACCAGGUUGUACCUAUUUCAAAAGUCUGAUUGGUUAGAUCAUUUCAAUGAGAAGUUGCAGAAAUAGAGAAAUCACAAGUUAUAUUUUUUUGGCGUCAACUGUACAUUUAAGCAACCAUAAUUAUUUUAUUAAUAUAUCUUUAAUGUUAAAAUAA